AUGUCCAAAGCCGGAGAACAGCUGGAAAGGGAAGUUAUCUCCCCUGGUGGGUGUUUUUAUAACGGUCACAAGUACAAGGCCGGAGAUGGGUUCAACUCCAGUGAUGGCUGUAACAGGUGUGGCUGUUCGGAUAAUGGAUUGGUCAUGUGCACACUGAUGGCAUGUGUGAACUUAGAAUCAGUGCGACAACAGCUAAGUAGGGAAGCUAUCACCCCUGGCGUUUGUCUUUAUAACGGUCAUGUGUACAAGGCCGGUGAGGGGUUCAAAUCCACCGAUGGUUGUAACAGAUGUGGCUGUUCGGACAAUGGACUGGUAAUUUGCACGCAGAUGGCAUGUGUGAACUUAGCAUCAAUGCGACAACAGCUGGAGAGAGAAGUUAUCUCCCCUGGUGUGUGUCACCAUGGUGGUCACGUGUACAAGGCCGGCGAGGGGUACAAAGCCCCGGAUGGUUGUAACACGUGCAGCUGCUCGGACAGUGGAUUUAUCAGGUGCACACUAAUGGCCUGUGCAAAUUUAGCUUCAGAGCGACACCAGUUGGAGAGGGAAGUUAUCUCCCUUGGCGUAUGUGUUUAUGGAGGCAAGGUGUACCAACCCAGAGACUCGUUCGAUUCCUUGGACAAAUGUAACAGGUGUGCCUGUGGAAAGCACGGGCAGAUUAUGUGCACACUGCGCUCUUGUCCAAUUGGAAUGCCAGACAGGGGGAACCAUGAAGGCGACGAUGAAGACGCAAGAGGAUGUGAUUAUGAUGGUCACUGGUACGCUGACGGAGAAUCCACGCUCUCCACAGACGGCUGUAACACGUGUACGUGUGCUGCUCCCUACGGGAUGGCCUGUACCAAGAGGGCGUGUCUGCCUCCUGCAAACGAUGAAACAGACGAUGAGGACCAGAAUGGUUGUCAUUACAACGGUCACUGGUUUGCUGACGGGGAAUCCACACCAUCUACUGACGGCUGUAAUACCUGUACCUGUAUGGCCUCCUUGGGGAUGGCAUGUACUGAAAUGGCGUGUGCUGUGGGGAAAUGAUGGAGAAAUGAUGGGGGAAAUAAUGGAGAAGUGAUGGGGAAGUAAUGGAGAAAUGAUUGGGACAUAAUGGGGAAAAGUGGCGAAAAUAGUAGAGAAAUGAUGACAGAGUGAUAAUAAUGGGGAAAUGAUUGGGUCAUAAUGGAGAAAUGAUGGGGAUAU